AUGAUUGUCCAUCCAGACAUGUUGAAGACCGCUCCUACGGCUUCCACUUCGGUGGCUCCUAUUCCCACUGUCAUCCCAACUCCUCCUAUCUACAUUGAGGCCGGUGAUACUGGCAAGAGGACUCUGUGGGUGGUUGUCGUGCUCAUGGCCCUGUCUUCCCUUGCCUUCUAUGGCAUGGCUUUCCGCGUCCCAGUGCAAAAACGGCUCUUCCACAUCCUGACCUCUUUCAUUACGACCGUUGCCUUCCUGUCCUACUUCGCUAUGGCCGUUGGUGAUGGCACUUCCUUCGUCUCAUACACUGUUACAGAGCACCACAAGAAAGUCCCAAAUACCACCCAAGAAUACCGACGCGAUGUCUACUGGGCGAGAUAUGUUGACUGGAGCAUCACAACCCCACUCCUGCUUCUCGACCUUGCUCUCAUCGCGGGACUCAGCGGUGCAAAUAUCCUGGUUGCCAUCUUUGCUGAUGUCGUUAUGGUUCUCUGUGGGCUAUUCGCAGCCUUCGGCCAGGCCGAAGACAGUCAAAAAUGGGGCUGGUACGCUUGGGCUUGCAUUGCUUUCCUCGUGAUUGUCUAUCAACUGGCAGCAAAUGGUCGUGAGGCCGUUGCCAGCAAGGACAGCAAGACCAAGGCGUUCUAUGCCUCCAUUGCUGGUUAUACCCUCAUUGUGUGGCUACUCUACCCAAUUAUCUGGGGUCUUGCUGAGGGUGGCCACGUUAUUGACAUCGACUCUGAGAUCAUUGCAUAUGCGGUCCUCGACAUUCUCGCCAAACCAGUCUUUGGUUUCUGGCUUCUGUUCACUCAUGACAGCAUGUCAAGCACCUCCCCAUCCCUCGAAGGAUUCUGGUCUCAAGGCUUUGGCAGCCAAGGAACUCUCCGAGUUGGUGAUGACAGUGAAGCGUAA